AUGGAGGAGCCAAAAGUACAAGGAUCCCCAAAGAUUAAUAACUGCCGGAAGCUGCUGGCCCCCCAGGCCAGAGGACGUGCCCACUGCCUGGGCUGGAGCCCAGCGUCCCACACUCUGGGAGUGACAUGCAGAUAUUCCCCUGCGCUCCAAGGCCAAACGCAGCCACCGGCCACAGCUGCCACCCAAGGGGCUGGGAAAUGUAGUCCACAGAGUGGCCAGAGGGAAAGGGAGCCAGGUUUGCUGAACAACUGGGCUGUGCCGCGCACGGAGGCCCUGGCCCAGCCCCAGCCCUGGUGGAAGGUCCAGCUGUUUGUGUGGGAGCCAGUGCUGUUCGGGACCUGGGAUGGUGUGUUCACAUCCUGCAUGAUCAACAUUUUCGGGGUGGUUCUCUUCUUGAGAACUGGCUGGCUGGUGUGUGUUGCAGGUGCCAUGUACAUCACUGGCUUUGCUGAGUCCAUCUCGGAUUUGCUGAACCUCAGGAAUAUCUGGGCCGUGCGAGCAAUUUCAGCUGCAGUGCUUCUGGCCUUGCUGGGGAUUAAUCUAGCAGGUGUCAAGUGGAUAAUCCGCCUCCAGCUGCUGCUGCUGUUCCUGCUGGCUGUGUCUACGCUGGACUUCGUGGUGGGCUCUUUCUCACACCUGGACCCAGAACAUGGAUUCAUUGGGUAUUCACCAGAACUGCUGCAGAACAACACCCUGCCGGAUUACAGCCCUGGGGAGUCUUUUUUCACUGUCUUUGGAGUGUUCUUCCCAGCAGCCACAGGAGUCAUGGCCGGUUUCAACAUGGGGGGUGACCUCAGGGAGCCUGCUGCCAGCAUCCCCUUGGGCUCCCUAGCAGCUGUUGGCAUAUCGUGGUUUCUGUACAUUGUCUUUGUCUUCCUGCUUGGUGCCAUCUGUACCCGAGAGGCCCUUCGCUAUGACUUCAUGAUAGCUGAGAAGGUUUCCCUAGUGGGCUUCCUCUUCCUAUUGGGCUUGUACAUCUCAUCUCUGGCCUCCUGUAUGGGAGGCCUCUACGGAGCACCCCGGAUCCUACAGUGCAUUGCCCAGGAGAAAGUGAUUCCAGCACUGGCCUUCCUGGGGUUAGGGAAAGGACCAAAUAAAACACCGGUGGCUGCCAUCUGCCUGACCAGCUUGGUGACCUUGGCCUUUGUCCUCGUGGGCCAGGUGAAUAUUCUGGCUCCCAUUGUCACCAUCAACUUCAUGCUGACAUAUGUCGCAGUGGACUACUCUUACUUCUCCCUGUCCAUGGGCCCUUGCAGCCUCCCACAUGCGCCUCAGCCAGUGCACAGGGAAGAUGCAGCUGUUCUCCACUGCUCUGAGCACCUGCUUUUGGAGAAGGCUCCCAGCUAUGGCUCUGAGGGUCCUGCCCCAAACCUCUCUGAGGGCACUCUGCUGGAAUUCACUAAGGACAUGGACCAGCUCCUCCAGCUAACCAGGAAACAUGAGAGUAGCCAGCCCAGAAGAGAGGAGAGUGACGGGACCCCAGAAAGUCAAAAGGGAAAACACAGGAAGGCCACCAAGCAAGCAUUACAAGAGAGCUUCCUCUUGGACCGCAAGUCCUCUGCUGCUUUUCACUCUGAAGGCUCUGACCAGCUGCCCAUUGCCUCCUGGGAGGAGCAGGAGUUCUGCUGGAACGAGCGGAGUUCUAGGAGUGAAUGGGCACAGCCUGGCAGGGAACGUGAAGGACUUGUUCCUGAGCUCAACAACCAGUUGACGCCAACUGGAGAAGAUUUUCUCCUGAAGUCCGGGCUCCGGGAACAGAAUGCCCAGAGGCGACCAGGUUCUUUCUACUCCCGCGUGUGUAACCCCUGGAUCUCCCUACUGGGAGCUGCUGGGUCUCUUGUCAUCAUGUUUGUGAUCCAGUGGGUCUAUGCCCUGGUUAGCAUGGGCGUUGCUGUCAUGGUAUAUUUCUACAUUGGCCAGACUAGUCCGGGGCUUCACCUUGGAUCAGCCUCUAACUUCAGCUUUUUCAGGUGGAUGAGGUCACUUCUGAUUCCCUCCUGCAGGAGCUUGCGAUCCCCCCAAGAACAGAUCAUUUUGGCACCAUCGCUGGCUAGGGUUGACAUGGAGAUGACUCAGCUCACCCAGGAAAACACAGACUUCGCUACUCGGGAUCGCUACCAUGGCUCUUCCCUUGUGAGUCGGGAACAGCUGAUGCCUCGAUACUAG